AUAUGCUUAAGAAUAUCACUGUGCAUCUAAAUCAGAUUGUACAAACAAUGGAACAUGUCUAUACAAAGGAUGACAACAUUAAGGAAGAGAGAGAAGAGGAAGAAGAAACCUUACCUCAUGGACGUGAAGAUUUGGUCUGUUUCCUGAUAUAUUGCUCACAACUUAGUACUCAGUUAGAUGUUGCACUUCGUGAAGAAAAACAAAUAUUAGAAUCAUUGCUUAAGUGGUUUGAAAAGGAGGUACAGAUGCUGGAGGAGCUAGGUGAGGAAGAAAUUAUUCCAGAUUGGCAAGUUCCAGUGGCGGAUAAAAAUAUAACUGACAACAUUAAUAAACUAAUGAACCGCAUCCAGAGGCUUGAAGACUUGAAGGGCCGUGUGCAAGAAUUGCCCAAAUAUGUCCAAGUUUCUACACCUAGGGAAAAGAGAAGACCAUUAGCACCACCACCAGCUGUUCCAAGAGACCCCAAAAAUAUUGUAGAAGAACUUUUAGUGAAACAUGCAACUGAAGAUGUGAUGAAUAUGGCACAGGUUUUUCAAGAUGACUCAGGAGUACCACAAACCAUUGAAUCGAUGAACAAUCGCAUGGUAGAAAUAAUGAAGAUAUUUGAAAGGCAAACAAAUAAGCUGCACAGAGUUGCAAAUGAACAAGAUGUCCUUGAAGGUAAAUUACAGAAGAUACAACAAGACUUCCGAAAGCUAGCAGAAGAGAAACAGAUAAUGGAGGAUGAACUUCAAAAGAUGAAAGCUUCAGAUAUAACUGGGGAAAAAGCCUCAUAAGGUAAAAGAACCUGAAGCUGUGAAAAUGAAAGAAGAUUUAGCUAAAGCACAGG